GUCUCCCGGUCACAGAGAGACAGUUUUAGAGAGAGAAAGCCAUUUCAGACCGAGUCUGUAGAGAGAGAGAGAUCUUGUGAGUUGUGAAGGGGGUGGACUGCUUUCAGUGUAAACUCCUCUGCUUAGAUCUCGUUCUCCUCCUUCCUCCUCCUUUUCCCCCUUACAAUCUGAGCGUGCAUCUUCAACAGUGAGCUGCUGCUGCAGCAGAACCCUAAAGCUGCUUCCUUGGCUGGAUACUUCUCAAACCCUAGGUGGGUCUCUGUUCCCUGCUCCCACUUGCAUCUUUGGGGUGUCUGUUUCCCCGGCAAGCCGUUAACUUUUGUGGGGGCUGUCGGAUUCCGAGCUCCCAAUUGGUCGUUUCCACGAUCUGGGUUUUCUGCUUGUGGUUCUUGGUCUUUGGUGGGUUCCAUUUCUCUGAAGACCCAGCUGUGGAACAGAGCAUUUCUUCAAGUGUAGAGCUCUGUUGGUUUCCAGGCUAGAGCUGUAUAGUUGGGGGAAGUUACAAAGAAAGGGAAAAAAAAAAUUGUUUCUGGGUUGCCCUUGUAGCUCCGGGAAGCUCCAGGGGAGUUUUUCUUGACCAGGGGAUGAUAGAUUGUCUGUCUCUGACCAGUGACCGGAGCUGUUGAAAUAUAGAUAUUUUAUUGCCAGAAAAUAAAAAUAUCGGGUAUUGGGAAAUUUUGUGUUUUCUAAUGUUUUAGGUGCUUUCACCCCAAGGCAACUUUUGGACCUGGUGAGAUUUGAGCACCAGGGUUUGUGUUUUUGCUCUGCUGGGGAUUGACCACUUGAGCUGCUUAUCAUCUGCUUGAGCUCCUAAGGUAGAGGGAAGUUGGUUUGAAUUAGCAGCAAUAUGAAGUUCUAAUUGGGGUUUGGAGCACAACAGAACAAUUUUUCUCAUAAAGUCAGAUUGUAGGUGUUGAUCGACCGGAGAGGAAUAUAUUUACGCAAUUAGAUUGAGUUGAAGUGCAUCCGUUGGCAAAGUUGGAAUAAAUGUCAUUCCGUAGUAUAGUCCGUGACAUCAGGGAUGGGUUUGGGAGCUUGUCAAGGCGGAGUUUUGAGGUGAGGUUGCCUGGCUCGCACCACCAAGGGAAAUCGCAGGGCUCAGUCCACGAGCUGCACGAUUCGCCUCUGGUGGUUCAGACGAGCAAGUGGGCCAGCCUCCCGCCUGAGCUGCUUCGUGAUGUGAUCAAGCGUUUAGAGGCGAGUGAGAGCACGUGGCCUGCUCGUAAGCACGUAGUUGCCUGUGCUGGAGUGUGCAGGUCGUGGAGGGAAAUGUGCAAGGAGAUCGUUAACUGCCCUGAGGUAUCUGGGAAGAUAACCUUCCCUGUUUCAUUGAAGCAGCCGGGUCCUCGAGAUGGGACUAUUCAGUGUUUUAUCAAACGGGACAAAUCGAAUUUAACUUAUCACCUCUUCCUCUGCCUCAACCCAGCUCUGCUUGUUGAGAAUGGAAAGUUCCUUCUUUCUGCGAAACGCACCCGGAGAACAACGUGCACUGAGUAUGUAAUUUCCAUGCAUGUUGAUAACAUAUCAAGAUCAAGCAGCACUUACAUUGGUAAAUUAAGGUCGAAUUUUCUUGGCACCAAAUUCAUAAUUUACGAUACCCAGCCUCCAUACAACAAUGCGCAGCUUUCUUCUCCACCAGGACGAAGUCGUAGGUUCUACUCUAAGAAAGUCUCCCCGAAAGUCCCCACGGGAAGCUACAACAUUGCUCAGGUGACAUACGAGCUCAACGUGUUGGGCACAAGGGGCCCACGGAGGAUGCAUUGCAUGAUGCACUCCAUCCCAGCCUCUUCCCUCGCGCAGGGCGGGUCUGUCCCCGGUCAGCCUGAGCUCCUUCCCCGCUCAUUGGAGGAUUCCUUCCGCAGCAUGUCAUUUUCUAAGUCGAUUGACACUUCGACAGAGUUCAGCAGUUCCCGAUUCUCCGACAUCUUGGGGCCAUUGGGUGAGGAGGGCGGAGAUGAGGAGAGGAAGGAGGGGCCUCUGGUACUCAAGAACAAGGCACCUAGAUGGCACGAGCAGCUACAGUGCUGGUGCCUCAACUUCCGUGGCAGGGUGACAGUGGCAUCUGUGAAGAACUUCCAGCUGAUUGCUGCGAAUCCACCCAGUAAUAGCACUGGCCCUGCACCGUCAUCUUCUCAGCCUGGGAGCUCUCAGACCGACCAUGAUAAGAUCAUUCUCCAGUUUGGUAAGGUUGGGAAGGACAUGUUCACAAUGGAUUAUCGUUACCCACUCUCUGCAUUUCAGGCUUUCGCCAUCUGCCUGACGAGCUUCGACACCAAAUUGGCUUGUGAAUAGCGAGAAGCUCGGAGAAAGAGGGUAAGCUGUUUAAAGAAAUUGGGAGAGAGAUUUGUGUUUGUGAAAUUUAGAGAAGUGAUAGGUCAUAGGUAAUGGUCUGCAAGGAUGAUGCAACUGAUGUAUGCUGUUCCUGUAAAAGAAGGGAUUAGGAGAACUCUUGAAUUGCGUUAGCCUUCAUUUGUUUCCUAAUGUUUUUCUCCUGUCAAAGUGUGUCUUAGUUGUAAAUGCUGUCAUCGUCUUUCCCUUUUCGCUUACUAUUGUAGUUGCUAUCGUUCAGAAUGUCAUUUAAGAAGUUCAAACAGGAAAUUUCCGCUCGAACGUGACUUCUCCAGUUGAAUGUUGGUUUAGCAAUUUCGGGGAAGAAUUGCUGCUUCUGAACUUAAAGAUAUGAAUGACGGAGCAUUUCGUGUUUUUUCACCG